AGGAAGCAUGUUCAACUGUUUGGGGAAAUACCCAUAAACAAACUGUCCCCACUGUCAACUUGAACGAGUGUUUCCUCCUUCGUGUCAGCAAUUGCGCCUCUGAAAAACACGGUUAACAUCCUCUCUUGCGCAGACACGUUGCUCUGGUGUCGUUUGGAUCUGCUGGAGCAGAGUCUCGGUGCGUGUGUCACGGAGGGAGGACGUUUAGGCUCGGCAGGUUUUUGGUAGUAUUGCAUUGACUGUAGCUGAACCGCUUUGAGAAACAAUGUCUGAUUUAAUUCUGCUGCUCCUGGCUGUCGUGCUCCUGGUGUGUUUGAUGGUGACCAUCGGGGGCUUCCUGCUGUACUCGGGACUACUGUCUGACGUGAUUAUAAAGACUGGGCCACCCCCUGUCAGAAAUGUUACCAUUGCUUAUAAAUUCAAAGAGGGAUCAUACAAGGACUGCGGUGCAGCCUACACAGAGAGCUGCAGCAUCGGGCCAAAGCUGAGCUCCAUUGGUGUCUUCUACGAUGACCCCAAGCAGAGGCCGGCAGAGAAAUGCCGCUACGUGGUGGGCAGUGUCCUGUCUGAGGGUGAAGAGAAGCCCGACGAAGAACUGCAGAAGCUGUAUGAGCAGUUUGGCUUCAAGGUGUUUUCUCUGCCUGAAGUGAGCCACGCUGUGACCACCAGCUUCCCCUGCACCACCCCUCUGUCCCAUGUGCUGGGACCUUACAGGGUCUACCCCAGGCUUGCUUCCUACAUUGAGGAGAGGAAGUUGUGUGCGUUCCCGACCAUUGAGAUCUGUGGUACAGAUCUCAUCAACUAUAUGGUUCCACUGUCACGCCAGACAGACUUCUUUGUUCCAGAGAUGAAGGAGGAGGUUAAAACAGACGUUAAAGAAGAGGAUUCUGAUGAGGACAGAGGAACUGACAUUACAGGUGCAGACUCCCACAGUGAUGUGAGUUCAGUGAGCGGCGGCGUGCCCUGGGACAGCAGAGAGACGUCCCUGGCUGCCUCCACAGCUGCCUCGCUGGCCUCUUCCCUGCCUCUGAGGGACGUAAUGGAUGCAAACGAAGACAUUAAGCCCAGAGACCAGAGCGACAGAGGCUCGAACGAGUCUAUGGGCAGCGGCUCAUCCUUUGAAGAGCUUGACAUGGAUCAGGAGGAGGGAGACGAGAGGGAAGAUGGAGAGGAGGAUGAGGAGGUCCCUCAGGGCGAAGACGGAGCUGCAGAAGCUCUUGAACUGGUGGCUGAGAAGAAGGAGCCCUUGGGGGAUGGAGAGGAGUAGGGAGGAUCCUGAAGAGAUAAGGGAUGAGGCCACGUAACACUGGCAUGCUAGAGAGUUUCUCAGUCUUUGCUCUUGUUGGUUAUCUGUCAUUUAAUCUUGUCGGUGGAUCUAAAGCUGCUCACGCCAUGACCAACAUGCCGCAUUUCUGCGCCUUCUAAUUCCUUCUUCCUAAGCCUGUACUUUUUGUUAUACUGUAAUCUCAUUUUUUUAAAAACAUAAUUCCUGAUCUUAUAUUUAAACUCUGUCAGGAUAGAACAACAGAUGACCCCCCCUCAAUAGAGUUAAGUCUUCUUGAGUAAACCUAAUUUUUCUCUGCACGUGGUGUGCACCAAAUGAGAGGGAAGAUCUGUUAAAAUUUCAUUUUCAAACUGUAAUUGUAUGUGAAUCACCACCAUUCCUCUGUGCAGACUAGAAAGCGACACUUUAGUUGAAGAAAAGUGACUGCUGCAGUUGCCCUGGAUGAUGAUCGCACAGCAAUUUUUUGCCCAUGUGUGACAGUUGAUAUUGUACCUAACUUUCAAGACCAUGUCCUGAGGGAUUUUUGUCACGUGUUUGUGUGCAUUACCUGACCGUGGUGUGUCGAUAUACAGUGAAGAUGGGGUGAAAAUGUGCAGGACCUAUUGUUGACGGACCUAUUUCGUUGUGUUGUUAAUUUCUUUUUGGGAGAAUAUCUAUCGCACUGGGGGAAAUCCUGAAGUCUGAGGCAGAAGAGAAAAACAAACUGUCAUCAACACCGGAAGUAAAAUAACACCGCCAAAGCCUCCGAGUCACCAGGACGAGGAUUUACAAACCCAAUUCAAAGAUGUAAACUUUCCCUCUCGGAUUCUGUACAGAACAUUUCCUUGUCCCUACGUGCUCUGAUAAUUGCUUUAGUUUUUUAACGUAAUGUUCACUUCUACAGUUCUGUUUGUAGCCAAGACUCACUCACAUCCAGAGACUAGUUGUGAUGUGUUCGUAGGUUGAAGUUGUUGGUGCUGUGAGAGAUAAUGUACAGCACAUUGCCUUGGUUGUGUCCUCUGUCUGUAAUAAAAAUUUUCAAAUGAA